AUGGCUAACCAUGAUUUGAUACUGGGACAAAGUCACAAUUUAGCACUGGGCCAGAAUCAGUCACUGGUGCUAGGACAUAACCAUAGUUUGGGUCUCAGACAGAAUCAUGAUUUGGAAUUGGGACAAGCCCAUGAACAUCAUUUGGGUUUGGAACAGACCCAUGGCCAUGACCAUGAACUGGGUUUAGGACAUCCUCAUGAUCAUGAGUUAGGGUUAGGACAGAGCAAUGACCAAGAAGUAGAUGCUGGUCACAGUUAUGGACAUGAGAAUGAGAUGAUGGAUCGGAAACCUGAACAUGACGACCAUGAGUUGGCUCUCCCUUCACAGAAUCAUGAACUGGGUUUAUCAGAGAACAAUGAAUUGGCUGUCUCAGAUAACCAAGAGCUUGAUGAGAAUCUGGAACUAGCUGUGGUGCAGAGCCAUGAAAUGGAGAUGGAACCAUCGCAGGAAUUGACAGUUCAUGAUUCACAGAUUGUAGAGUAUAGCAGUCCGGUUCUUCAGGCUCGUACACUUGCUACAAACCCUACUUUUGAGCUUUCUGUGGGGCAGGAGUUCCCAGAUGUCAAAAGCUGCCGUAGGGCAUUGAGAGAUACAGCCAUUGCUCUUCAUUUUGAAAUGCAGACUAUUAAAUCUGACAAAACUCGUUUUACUGCCAAAUGUGCAAGUGAGGGAUGCCCCUGGCGCAUACACGCAGCAAAGCUUCCUGGUGUUCCUACUUUCACAAUCAGGACCAUCCAUGAAAACCAUUCAUGUGGAGGAAUUUCUCAUCUUGGUCAUCAGCAAGCAUCAGUUCAGUGGGUUGCAAACUCUGUAGAGCAACGACUUAGGGAGAACCCUAAUUAUAAGCCAAAGGAGAUUCUUGAAGAAAUUCACCGUGUUCAUGGUAUCACCUUAUCUUACAAGCAGGCUUGGAGGGGAAAGGAGCGGAUCAUGGCUGCUAUGCGUGGAUCCUUUGAAGAAGG